GCUCCGUUGUUGCAAUGCUAACAUAGGGUUUUGUACUUACGUCAAAUUCGGUCAGUUCCCGUAUGCGCGGCCAUACUGGCGACAGUCGGAUGUAAACAACAGCAUACUUUACACGGUUAAUGUACCAGUCAGUACGGUAUUUUGGAUAUUUAUGCUGUUGAAACCUCUUGAAAACAGCGUCAAAGCUGCUAAAUCAUAUGGAGUAUGAUUUCGUAAGCAGGCAAGGGUGCAAUAUUUUGACAAACAAAAUUUAAUAUGUGGUUAAACACACGUGUGAGUGAUAUUAAUUAAAAAUAACCUAACGUUUUACCUUUUUGACUGGAAAUUAUUUGUGAAACCAACGCGAAUGUUGUAAAGAUUCUUGCCCUGGAAAUCCUGUUUCAAUUCGGCCUAACACCAACAUAUUUUGGCAAACCAGCCUAUGAAAUGCUGGAGUGUGAUCCUGAUUGGGCUCCAUCAUUACAUCUCGGUCACUCGGAAGUUAAAGCAACAAAACCGAGCCGAUUUGAACGGAGGAAAAAGCGACAGCAGACUCUGAAAAAGAAAAACACUGCUCCAGAACCAAAACAAGAACCUACACCUAUACCAAUUCACCCAGUCCAGAAAACAGAGCCGGAUGAAUCUCCACCUCUAGAUGACAUUCCACCUCUAGAUGAAACUCCGCCUCCAGAUGAAACUCCGCCUCAGGAUGACACUUCACAGACGCCGAUGAUUGAUGUAUCUACUCUCCUGGAGCAGGACGAGUGUAGUUUUUGUGUUUGCAGGCGUGCAGAAAUUAACCGAUUGCUUGAGGAGAACCGCAGACUUAAAAAAGAGCUCGCUCAGAAGACAAUGGAUGAGGAUUUUUUUAAAGAAGACGACUCUAAGGUCAGAUUCUACACCGGGCUUCCGAGCUUCGCCGUUCUGAUGGGCAUUUUGGAUCAGAUUUUUCCUACUUUGCAGCAAAACAAUCGGAAGCUUUCCCCUUUCCAGAUGCUCAUCUUAACUCUGAUGCGCUUGAAGCUCAAUCUGCCGGAUCAGCUCUUUGCGCAUAUCUUUUCAGUAGGACGUAAGACUGCAUCGAGUAUAUUUAAAGAGACCGUCAGUAUGAUGUAUGUACGCCUCAACCCUUUGGUCGUCUGGCCUGAAAGACCUUGCCUGCAAACUAUAAUGCCUCAACAAUUCAUUGAGACGUUUGGCAGCCAUGUUGCGUUUAUCGUGGAUUCCAUUGAAAUCGACAUUGAUCGAGUGUCGAAUGGCAAACCUAAAGCACAAAUGGUUCCCCAAAACAAGAAGACUUUAAAGUACCUCAUCUGCUCCAUACCACGUGGAGCCAUCACUUUUAUUUCCAAACCUCGGGAAAGUCAAGUCGAUGACAAGAGUUUGAUUGAAAGCAGCGGCCUUUUGAAGAAAAUCCAAAGUGGCGAUUUGGUGUUGUCGGAGUGUGGGUUUGACAUCAGGGACGGUGUUGGAUUAACAUGUGCUGAAGUCGAUGAAGGACAGCUCAAAGUUCGAGAUGUGGAGACGACGAGGCAGAUCUCAAACCUUAGGUUACAUGUCAAGCGGGUGACCGCUUGUGUUCGAACCAAAUACACUUUCCUCAAUGGACCUGUACUUGUGAGCAUGACAGUACCAGAUGUCGGAGAGGACAUCACAUUCCUUGAUAAGAUCGUGACUGUGUGCUGUGCAUUGACUAAUAUGUGCCCCAGUGUUGUUAUGAAACCGUGAGACGGUUUAAGAGAUAUUUGUCAUGUGUGAAAUGCAUAGCAUAACACCUGCAGCCAUAAUAAAUGGAUUCUUUUUUAAUUC